GUGUAUCUCGUUUCAAAUAUUUACGUGUUAUAUUAAAUUAAUUGUGCGCAGUAUUUUAGUUUACAAUAUAAUUACUAAACGCGCCUUAAGUGACGACAUUCUAGGAACUCCUGGGGCCUAUCAAAUGUAAUAUUGAACCACUAAUAGAGGAACUGCUACUACCCGAAUAUAAUGUUCCUAAAAAAAGCAGGCAACCAACUCGAGAAUUUGUAUCAAAAGUGUUAAAGAGAUAACCCAUUUAUAAACUUUAUAAACAUUGCUGACCCCUAAGUAUUUUUCGAAAUUCAUUAAGAAAAUAUAAAGUUUAAUACGCAUACUAAACAGUGGUGUAUCUGAUUCCGAUAUACAAAGCUCAACAGAUAGUUCCAAAAAUGGCUGUAUCGUCAGAAAGCGUAAUAAAUCCUGGCCUGAAUGAUCCUGUAACCAAAGCAGUAGUAGAUAAUAUAAUGGGAAAUUUACCUACAAAGAAACCCCCUGUCCGAUGUGAUGAUUGUGACCUUUCAUUUACCAGUCAAACAGUAUUAGAUACACAUUUACAAGGAGCGCGUCAUGCUAAACAGAUUAGAUCCAAAAAUAUAAUGGCAUCUCUUGAAGAAACCAAAGUAGCAUUUACAAAAGACGAAGAAACAAAUGGAUUGAAAUGCAAUGUGUGUAAUGUGUGUCUAAACUCAAUACAACAACUUCAAACACAUUUAAAUGGUAUAUUACAAAGGAGCCGGCACAAAAAGAAAGCUAUGAGAGGUAAUACACGUUAUAUGGUACGAAAGCCGCUACCAUAUGGGCUUAAAUGUAGUCGCACUUUGUGUGGGUGGACUGACAAAGAUGUUGGCAGUUCAGUGACAUCUGCGACUAUGAAUAUCCAAGAAAACACUGUGUCUAAAGGCGUAUCGCUUUCAUGCAGCAUGUGUAAUAAAAUCUUCAAUUCUCAGAUGCAAUACAAUGUGCAUAUAACAUCGAAAAAGCAUACUGGUAAAUUAAAACAAGCUAGGACUCAAAAGAAAAAAAGAUUUUUGCCAUAUUGGAAAAAACCUAAACCUGGUGUAAAUCCUAAGAAUUUUGUUCAAUCGCUAUCAAACAAUUUUGUACCAGGGGGUUUCACGAAUCAGACAUAGGAAAAUAACGUAAUAAAAUGAAUAUCUCUAUUUUAAUACACAUAUGAAUUAUUUAAGUACAUGUUUUAUUCUUUCCAAGGAGAAUAAUUCAUUCCAAGUAGAGUCAUGAUUCUUUAAACGAUGAAAUUAAUUUGAUACUUAAAUUUUGGACAUUAAGUGACAUUCACAUAUACAAAUAAGUAAAUACACAAUGUUAUAUAUAAUUUUGUAAUUCAUGAACAUUGGAGGCUCUGCCGCGUUAAGAUAUAAAUCUCUCUCUUUGCACUAUUUCUUCAGGGUAUAAUAUAAAUAUACAUAUAAUUGAAAGACGGUUAGUUCAAUUGGAAAUCACAUGUAAAUUUUUGUUAGAUGUAUUUAAUAAUUAAGGAAAGUUUUAAAAACAAAUUGUACAAAAAACUAAGAUAUGUUUGAAAGAUUGACAUUGUUCUUGAUAUUAGAUGAAAUAGUGCAAGAAGGUACCGAUGUAAUGUAUGAAUGUAUAUAUGUUCAUUUAAAGAUUAAUGGAAAAAUAUAUAAUGUUGUAAGUAAUAA